AUGGCCUUGACACUGUUAGAGGAUUGGUGCAAGGGAAUGGAUCUAGACCCCAGGAAGGCCCUGCUGAUUGUGGGGAUCCCCGUGGAGUGCACUGAGAAUGAAAUUAAAGAGACUAUCAGGGCAGGCUUACAGCCCGUGUGCCCAUACAGGGUGCUGGGAAGAAUGUUCAGAAGGCAAGACAAUGCUAAGGCAGUCAUCAUCGAAUUGGGAGAAACCGUCAAUUAUGCCAAGACACCCAAUCAGAUACCUGGAAAAGGGGGUGCCUGGGAAGUGGUGGUGAAACCCCGUAACCCAGAUGAUGAAUUCAUCACUAGACUGAGCUGCUUCCUGAAGGACGAGGGCCGGAAGAUGGCAGAUGUGGCCAGUGCCCUGGGGUACGCUCUUCCCCUUGAGUACCAGGAGCCAGGUGACGCUCCCCUAGACAAAUCCAGAGGUUUUCAGCCUCAGAAAGAAAGCAUGUGGUACCGGAAAAUCAAAAUGUUCUCAGGAAAUGUCUUUGCAGGCCCGGGCGAAGAGAACUUUGAAGUCUGGCUGGAGCAGGUCACUGAGGUGAUGCAGGUCUGGCAAGUGUGCGAGGCAGAGAAGAUACGGAGGCUGCUGGAGAGCCUCCGUGGCCCCGCCCUGUCCAUCAUGCGGGUGCUCCGGGCCAACAAUGACUCUAUGACCGCAGAGCAAUGCCUGGACACCCUGAAGCAGAUUUUUGGCAGCAAAGAGGACUCCAGAACCUCGCAGUUCAAGUUCCUCCAGACCGUUCAGAAGAUCGGAGAGAAAAUCUCGGUGUUUUUGGUGCGCUUGGAGCCGCUGCUGCAGAAAGCCUUGCAGCACAACCCUGCGUCAAUGCGGAGCACAGAUAUGAUUCGCCUGAAACACGUCCUGUCUCGUACCAACCUGAGCGGCACCCUCCGCGGCAAGCUCGAGCUCCUGGAUCAGAGAGGGUGUCCUCCCACUUUCCUAGAGUUAAUGAAGCUCGUUCGAGAUGAAGAGGAAUGGGAAGUCACCAUGGCCGUGCUGAAGCAGAAGCAAAAGCUGGCGGGAAGGAGCCGCAGUCCUUCCAGCAGACAGGCACUGGAGGAAGUCACUCAGUCCGCACCUCAGGCCCCCCAGCAGGCAGUGCAGUAUUGCGAUAGCAGCACUCAGACCACCCAGGAAGUGAUUAGCAAUGUGUCAUUUAGGCGCAGGAAAGUGCCCCGCCUCAAUAGCGAAGAGGACACAUGCAUUAAGGACGAACCGUCAUCACCAGAAAGGGAGAGGCCUCAGCUUGAAGAAGAGUCGGGAAACGAGAUGGGGGCUGGGGGCAUGAGCCACCCCGAGCCCUAG